ACGGCCGAAGCAAUCGAAGAUUUCAAUAAGGAAUCUUUGCCAUUAUUCAUUUUUGCCAACUGGCGUGGUUUUAGUGGCGGCCAAAAAGAUAUGUUCGAAAUGGUACUUAAAUUCGGUGCUUACAUAGUUGAUCAGCUGUGUAAAUUCCUCAAUCCGGUGAUUGUUUAUAUUCCACCACACGGAGAAUUACGUGGUGGGGCGUGGGCUGUUAUUGAUCCAACAAUUAAUCCAGUGUGUAUGCAAAUGUUCGCUGAUCCGAGAUCCCGAGGAGGUGUUCUGGAGCCGGAAGGAACUGUUCAAGUUAAAAUGCGCAAAGAUUUGGUACCGCUGAUGCGACGCCUUGAUAAGGAAAUGAUGCGAUUGGCAGUACUGGAGAAGGAAGGCCAGAACGUGAAAGUUGAUACUGAUGCACGCAUCGAACUUUUAAUGCCCACUUAUCGAAAUAUUGCAAUCACAUUUGCUGAUCUGCACGACACCCCGGUGCGGAUGAAAGCUGUCGGUGCUAUCAAGGCUGGCAACGUGAAAUGUGUGGAUGAUAUCCGAAGGAUGAAGGAUUUGUUGCAGUGUUAUUUCAAGGAGACUCGGAGCGACGAAGCAUUUUCCUGGGAGAGCGUUCCGGACUCUGAUGCUCUCGCAGUGCUAGACGCGGAACGAAAACAAAUUGUUACAUUCCUUGUUGAAAAUGAUUUCUCGAAGACGAUGGGAGAGCGCUACGGAAUACCAGCGGAGAAAUUGGCCAGAUUUAUACGGGAAAUGAGGAAUAACGAGUGUGAUCAAUGA